AUGAUAAAUUAAUAGAAUGUUAAUCUAUAAAGCAAUGUUAAGAUUCAAUCCAUAUUAGGCUUCAUACCAGCUCUGGUGUUUUAGCAUAUACUUGAAAAUUAGAUCAAGGGAAUUAAACAGCAUGUUCCAGAAAUCCAGUCAUUCAAGAGUGUCAUCAUGUUUGCAGAUAUUUGUGGAUUCACAAACUUAACAGAACAACUCUCUAAAAUAGGACCGGAGGGAUCAGAAGUGAUAGCAUUUGCAAUCAAUAGAUACAUGGAAUUAUUGAUUAAAUCAAUAUCCAAAAGUGGAGGUGACAUUUUCAAAUUUGCAGGCGAUGCUAUUAUAGUAGUAUGGCCACCUCCAACAGGAUAAAAUGAUAAAGGCGAGUAACUCAAAAUCCUACUGCGAUAAGGAAUAUAAAGUGCCUUAGAUAUUUAGGCUAAAUUAAAUGAUACCUUCAUCCUAGAGAAUAUAAAAUUAUCUGUCAAAAUAGGAUUUGGAGUAGGAGAUAUCAACAUCUUAUAUGUAGGAGGAGUGUUCAAUAGGAAUGAAUUUCUAGCAACAGGUUAGGCUUUGAUCUAGGCAUUUGAGAGUGAACAUUGUGCCACUAAAGGAGGCUAAGUGAUAAUAUCCAAGGAUGUAUUCGAUAUGGUGGGAUAGUAUUAUAAUUGUAUAAAAGUGGAGGAUCGUUAGUCUUACUUUGUGAACUUCAAUAAAGGAGCUAAGGUAUAGAAUAUUUCAAAUGCUCUCUUAAUUAAGAGUAACAUUAGUGCUCAAUCAUUCGAAUCAAUUAAGAGUCAAUUAAUACGAUACAUUCCUGCUGCCUUAUAGUAAUACAUCUUUGUAAAUUAGGAAAAAUGGAGUUCUGAAUUAAGAAUAUUAACAAUAAUGUUUAUCAAUUUGAGUAUUGAUUUGUCAGCAGCUCUCACUUCUAAUGGGUUAAGUCAUAUUUAAUAAGUUGUAGAAACAGUAUAAAAAUCAAUAUAUGCAUUCUAAGGAUCUCUCAAUAAAAUCUUAAUGGAUGACAAGGGAUCAACAUUGAUUGUAGUAUUUGGUCUACCUCCUAUGGCUAAAUAGGAUGAUCCUGCCAGAGCUGUGAUGACUGCUAUAACAAUGAAAUCGGAAUUAGAUGCAAUCAAUUGUGGAUGUAAAAUUGGCAUAUCAACUGGAUGCACUUUUGCUGGUGUAGUCGGAACUAGUGGUUCUAGAAGAGAAUACUCAGUUAUAGGAGAUGCUGUUAAUCUUGCAGCUAGACUCAUGUAAAUUGCAUGUAAAGAUGAUCAACAUUCCAUUUUACUUGAUGUUGAAACAUCAAAGGAAGCUUCAUAUAAAAUGAACAUUUCUUUUUAUAAAUCAGUUAUGGUUAAAGGAAAAGCAGACUAAGUCAAUAUCUAUUACCCAGAAAUCAAUUUGGAGUUGAAUAAAAUUAGAAUUCAUAACCCUUUCUUUCCAAGGCUUCUCGAUAAUUAUUUAUUUGAUAUUAGUAAUUUAAGACUAAUCUAAAGAAGAAUUCAAUAAUUUCAACUACAAAAUGAAUCGAAUGUAUUAUUGAAAGUUUCUGGAAAUUAAGGAUCUGGGAAAUCCUAUUCUGUUAAACAAAGCAUUGACUUAUUUUAGGAGAAUUUUCACUUUGUAUAGAUUAGAUUGUGUUCCUUUUUGCAGAAGGAACAAUAAUAUUUGUAUGCUAUCAAAAUUAUAUUCCAACAUUUCCUGAAGUAGAUAGCCAUCAAAUAAAAUAAAGUGUAUGACAUUUAGUUAUUCAAUGAAAUUUUCAAUUAACAAUAAGAUCAACUCAUAUAACUCUUUGACUUUCAACCGAUUAGUUAAAUCUAACUAUUUGAUAAUCAAUUUAAAAAUACAAACGAUUCUUAAGAAACCUUAGAUAUUCAACUAGUCAAAGAAGGUCUAGAUUUAUUAUUCAAGAAAUUUCAAUCUAUCACCAACAAUCAUAAGUAAAUCUUCGUUCUAGAUGAUGGACAUAACAUUGAUGAAGAAUCCCUAAAAAUCAUUAGACACUUUAUGAAACACAAUUAAUUUAUCCUGCUCAUAUUUAUAUUCAGACACGAUUACUUUGAGCAAUUCUAAUUUCAAGAAUAACACCAAACUCAAAUUCAAAUGAUUGAAGAGGGAUUCGAAUCAAUAAAGUCAAAAUUAAAUGAUCUCAGCAAUUUUGAACACAUAAGUUUCAACAAUAUUUCAUUAAAUGACUAUUAGGUUUUGUUAUCUGAUUUAUUUCGUAUCAAUAAGAUUAGAUGUUCAAAGAAUCAAGAACCAUCCAAUUCAAUAGACAAAAACAUUUUGCAUUACGAAUACAUCAAAAAUUAAUUAAUACAAUCAAAUACUUAAGAAUUUUUCUUGUAAACCCUCUAUCGAAAAACCCAAGGCAACCCGCUCACCUUCAUUACUUUAAUCGAAAAAUUUUUGAAGUGCAAUUACUUGGUUGUCGAUAAUAAAUAAUAAGAUGUAGUUAUAGUAAAUGAUUCCCUCUUAAACAUAUUGAAUCUAGAUGAGUUUAUUAUACUAGAGGCUCCCUUAAAUAAGUUUAGACUUAAUUCACCCUAUUUGGACAAGGUGGGGUGCUUAGAUUUAUUGAUACUUAAGGUAGCCUCUGUUAUUGGAGACAUCUUUGAUGUACAAACACUUAAUAAGAUACAACCAUUCAAAGAAGUCAUCUAAAAAGAAAAUUUGAUUAAGAUUUUAAAUAGUUUAGAAGAGUUGGAAAUCAUUGAAACCAUGGAACUUAAUGAUUUGAAUAAGUAUUACAGGUUUGCUAAACCAUUCCUAAGAGAAAUAAUCUAUUAACGAUUACUGUACUCUUAACGGAGGGAAUUGCAUAAAUAUUAUGCACAAGCAUUAUAAGAAAUUCCAUCUUAGUUUGAAAUUGAUGAAAAAUUGGAAGCCCAAAGAUUAGAGCAUACUUGGAUUCUGGCUGAAUAAAAGUGGCAUAGUUAAUCAAACCUGAAACCAAGGGGAUUAGAAUUAUCUCAUAAAGCCAAAAGAUCUAUAAUAAUCAAAUCGAUAUAGACUAAAUUAAUAGCUAAAACUAACAAUAUCAAACUUGGUUUGUUGAAAAAGAAAUCAGAUAAGAAUGUCACUUGGGCAGAAAGAUAUUGUUUAAUGACCUAAAAAGAAUUAAAAUAUUAUUAUAGUGAAUAAGACUAUCAUCGAUAACCAUAGAAUGCUUUGGCCACUAUCAUUCUUAGUAGUAUCUAUUAGAUUGUUCCACUUAAUGACAAAGAAAAAGUUAAUUAAAAGUAUGCUUUUGAGAUUAGAACAGGUAAUUGGUUUAAAAGAUAAAAAUUAAUGCCGCGAAGAGAUUUCUAUUUUUCAGCAUCAAGCGAAGAAUUAAUGGAAGAAUGGACCAUUUAUAUUGAAUUUAUGAGAGUCAAAGCCACUUAUGAUGAAUUUGUUAAUAAUUUUGGGAAAAUCUAAUUUCCAAUUGCCAACUUUAAAGAAUUCUAUGAUAUGAGUUUAGGAACUGAAAUGAAUAAUUAUUAGCAAAAGUAAACAACAAAUAAGAAUAAUAAUAAUAAUAAAUCUAGUAUCAUUCAACCUUAAAAAAGAAACACUGUGUUAUCAAUCAAUAGUUUUUUUAAGUAAUCUGUUGUAGAAAAUAAGCAGAAACAAAAAAAAGAAGAACUUAAAAUAUUAAUUUCUAAAUUUUUAAAAUAAAGCUAACUAUUACUAUUUACUCAUAUGUUUGAGAAUUCAAUACAACCCAAAAAUAGGAUUAUUUUAGGGUAAAAUACAAAGGCAAUGUUAAGUUUUGGAUAAUUUUUUAUUAAAACGGCUUUAGAAUAUUCAUAAUAAUAAUAAUAAGAAAAUGAGACCAUUUAAACAGAGGAAUCUCCUUAAACUAGACCUAGAGCAAGUUUGUUUAUUUCAGAGUAACUAGUGCUAGAGAAAUAAGCUGAGUCUAUAUCUGGAAGUAUUAGAAAUACAAAACGAAAAUAGAUAACUGACUAGUAUUAUAAUAAGAGAUCGAAAAGUUCAGAACUUCUUGUUUAGUUAAAUGAAAAUUCAAAUUAGGAAAAACAAUAAUAAAGUUGA